AUGUCUUUCAAUUCAACCAAUAUUCACAAUGCAACAGAAAUCGGAACAGAAAAUUUUUCGUUUUCACGCCAACAACAGCAACAACAACAACAACAACAAAAACAACGACAACAACAACAACAACGACAACAACGACAACAACCAAUAAUUGUAAACAGCAGAAAUACUAAUAAAAAGAGAAGAAGUGCAUCAGGUGGGAGAUCAACUUGGUCUGUCAGAGAAGAUGUUUUUUUAUUGGCCACGGUUUUGUAUUUUAGAGGAUACUUAAAAGACGAGGAAGUAUAUAAACCUAGAAGCAAAUUUUGGCAAGUUAUCAGUGAUGGAAUAUUUAAAAAAUAUAACACGAAUAGGAAUAAAAGACAAUGCAAGGAUAGAUUUAAUCUGUUAUUAUGGAAGAAGCUGGUGAGUAAAUCUCUGAAUUUUCCAGAUAGUGAUUGUAAUACAUAUGCUUACGCAUCUGUUGACAAUAUUUGUUAUAAUGAUGAUAGUAUCAAUAUCGAAUUUGAAUUGAACUCAUUAGAAGAUAUUUCACAUUUGACUUAUGAAAUGUGUCAUAACAAAAUUAAUUUAUUAUUGGAAUGUUGUUAUCAAAUAUUUUCUUUUGACAAAAGUAAUAAUAUUGUUUUAAAAUCAGCCUAUGAUAAUACUGUUGCUACUGCGACUACUAUUAAUGAUACACCAUCCAGCAACAAUAAUGCUAUUUUGUCAGCACCAAUUAUAACUGCUUCUCCGCCUGGGAAACACCGUUCUAGCUUCAUUUCUCAAGCUUCUCGGUUAAAUAAGAAUAAAAAUUGUUCGGCUAUGGGUAACUUUGACUUUGUCAAUGAGAGUACUGCUACUGCUGUAAAUAAUUCAAAAAAUAAUUUAAUUGACGACCAAACUGCUAGGUCUCCGUAUGCCGUACCAACUAAUCCUGAUUAUUUCGCUGGUAACUCAGAGGCUAAUACUAACUAUAACAAUACUAUGCCAUUCACUGCGUCAAGUUUGCUUGAUGCAUGUAACGGUAGCAAUAGUUACAGCAGUAAGAGCAACAAUUUGGAACUUAACUCCUUGUUGGAUAGUAUAACCAUACUGAAAAAUAAAAUUGAAGAAUUAAGUUUGAUAAUAAAUCGGCAUGAUCAACAAAUUCACAACAUAUCAUUUAUGCUAGACGAGAAAAUUAACAAUCGGGAGACUAUUUGUGGUUCAACUGCUGAUAGAUCUAAUAUUACUAAGAAUGAUGAUACUAAUAAGAAAAAUGCUUCCAAAACAUUAUUAAACUGGAGAUUUAAUAUGGCUGGUGCUACGCAUUUUAAUAAAGCAUCUAACGAGAUUGUUAUUGGUAAUAAUAAUGACGGGCUUUCUGAUGGUUAUCAUAAUAAUGUUGAUAGUAAGAGUAUAAACGAUGACAAUUUAACUAAUAUUAAUUAUAAUUAUUUAAAUCUUCCAAUGUACGAGCCACCAAAACAUUCAACAUAUCUCAGUAUUUUCGAUCCAGCAUUUUCACGUGAACAUUUAUAUACAUCUUCAUCAAAUUGA